GUGUCUUUUAACUACCAAACUGGCCAUUAUCAAUCAAGAGGAAUUCAUUGUCAAAAUAUUAGAUGUUACAGUACUUCUGAUAUGUAAUUCCUCAAGUAAUAACCUCUGUUGGCCUCAAGCUAGCUCUUGCUAGUACUUGUCAUUCCCAAGUAUAUAUGUCUAACAAGUAAAUUCUGAGUAGCAAUAUGCCUUUGGCUAACUAUGAAUCAGACCUACAAUUCUUAUUUUCAAGAAACUCAUACCAAAAUCAUAAAGUAAUCCAAACUCAGUUAGUAAUCAUAGUGGUAGUGUGGAAGCUUAACUGUUGAGUCAUUAUUUUACUAACUUUGAUUCCCACUGAAUCUGAGAUUACUUUAAAGUUUCACAAACAACUCUCUUAAAGAUUCGAUUCUCUCUACAAUUGGACCUGUCUUGCAUGGAAAUCUAGAAUUUUGAGGGUUUUGAAGAAACGAGAAUCCUAGACUAGAUGGUUAGUAAAACUUUAA